UGACGGCUGUGUAGAAUCGUCCAAUUGAGGCAGGUGGGUGCGCGCAAAUCGUGUCGUGUGUGGUUGGCAGAAGUGGGCCUUUAACCAGCCUCCUCCUCGGCAGCCGGCCACAUGUAAAAUCAACCAUUACCAUGUUAGCACUGAAAAAGAACGUGGUUGCUACAUCAUUCUCGAUUGAAGCCUUUUGCACGUUUUGAUAUCGUUGACGGCAGUUUUUGUCGUUUUUGUCGUUUUAAUCGUUUGAUCGUUCGCAGCAAUGAUAAGUCGUUCACUAGAAUCCUUGCAUCUCAAGCAUACAAAUGUUUCGCAGCCUCGACUGGAACGAACAUACUCAGAACGCUCGUUCACGGCAUCAGAAGACUAUUUCUCCGUGUCUUCUAGAUCAUCCAAUCGCUCGGACAGCCGAACCUCACCAUCACGACCAUACGCCUUACCACGGACACAUUCACGCUCAAUUCGCAGAAUAGAGAGUCCGGUAUCCCCGGUGUCUCCAGUCUCUCCAUAUCAACCCUCACGCCAGAGCUAUGAAGGCAUUGCUCGUCCGGUCCUGAUUCGUCAUGUGUCAAAACCGUCACAAAACCCUAUGAGAGGUCAUGGUGUAAGACGACGUGACCUGACCCCUACCGAGAUCUCCGUACCCCCGAUUCCUCCCAGGAGAGGCUCGCCAAUCAGGAGAAAACCAGUACCAAGCACAGUCUUGGAAGAUGUCCCUCGCCUGGAGCCAAUCCGCAUUCCACAAGCCGCCUUGAGCUCUGCUUCUAUGCAGAUUGCUCGUCAGUACGAUCCUCCGACACCAGAAGCUGAUACACCCUAUGUACGUUUCGCCAUCGACCAGAUUACUAGGGAUGAAGAUAGCACAGAAGGAAAGCGAUGGCUUGGUCCUGACUUCGGGCUCGAUCACGAAGAAGGCCCUCUGCCCUUGAGGGAAACCUUUCCUUCAAUGUCUGAUCAACCCUACGAUGACAUUGCACCGAUUCCCAUUCCACUGCGGAGCCCACGACGUAAGAGCAGACAGACGCCCGCACAACAACCCAUGGAGCAGACACCGAGUUUGUUCGCGCCAUUCGAGCCAUCUACCGACUCAUUCUAUGCUCCCCUGACUGCUCUGCCACCGACACUUCGUCCUGUGCGGCUCGCUGUCUUCGUCUCCCUCUUAGCGCUUUACUUGAUCGCUUUGGUCUUCACUGCAAUCUGGUCUCGUGUACACAAGAGAUUAUGCAACUAUGGAACUUUCGGCGAUGGCAAAUACUUUGUGUUCAAAUAUCUACCUACUCUUCUGGGUAUGAUAUUGCUUCUUUGGCUUUUCGAGAUCCAGAAAGCGGUGUACAGGAUCGCACCUUUCAUCGCACUGGCAUCUAAGACGUCGACCCUCCGUGGCCACGGAACAACAUUACCCAUGUUCCCAUCUGGUUUUGCACUUCUUCCGUUGACUCACCUGAGGGUAGGUCAGCGUGCCAUUGGAGCAUUCUUGCUCGCCUCCUGGUUCGCGUUGUUCACCGUUCCUCUGUUGGCGUCUUCCUUCAACGUCUACUUCCGUGGAAACCCUGGCAGCUGGGUCUGGCUUGCCACACAAGGAUCCGUCUGGACUGUGAUUGCACUCUACAUCAUCCUUUUGGUCGCUUCGAUCACUCUUUGGGUGUUCCUCCACCACAGAGGAACUGGACUCAAGUGGGACGCUCGCACUUUGGCAGACUUGAUUGUCAUUACUGAGCGUAGCAACAUCCUUGACCACUUUGCCGACAUUGGUGUUCAUGUCAACAAACACGAGCUCUGGGGUCACGCUACUGAGAGACAGGAUAGAUUGGGUUACUUCAGCACUACGUACAACCACAAUGAUGUUUUCCACACUCUGGGUGCACCGAACAGACCUGCCAGGCCAUACAGCGGAGGUGAAAGCAUUCUGAAUGAGAAAUUCACAAACCAAGCUACUCGUUACUCCAACAUUCCUGAAGCCGAAUACGGACGUCCUUACAGCUAUGGUUCUAACCUCACAAGCAAUACCACGGAUAUGGUCUUGCAACCUGACAACACUGACAACUACCUGCCUUGGUUCCUCCGCGCUGGCUUCACGUCUAUCUGGGUCUUCAUUGCUGUUGCACUGCUCCUUGCAUUCCUGGUUGUGUCAUAUCUUCCAGCGACGGCUAUCAGCGGCGGCUUCCUACCAGAUCUCCCCGGGGCUGUGAACAGUUUCGGCUUCUCGUCGUCCAACUUCAUGUACUCGUUUGUGCCGUCUCUGCUCGGUCUACUAUGCCUUCUUGCAUGGCAGCCGAUUGAUCUCGCUUUUCGCCGCCUGCAACCAUAUGCUUCCAUGUCUUCAGCUGGCGGCUGCCUCGCUGAGAAGAGUCUCCUUCUCUCUUACACCGCCGACGCACCCUUUGUGGUAACUUUGAAGGCAGCAGUAAACGGUCACAUACGCGUAGCAAUCCUCAGCCUUGUAACACUCAUAGCAUCAACUCUUCCCAUCCUCGCAGGCGGCGUCUUCUGGAACCAAUUCUUCAUCCCCCAACAGCGUAUCCGUGUCAGCGCUCAUAUGACUGCUUUCUACCCUCUAACAGCCUUCCUCAUCAUCUAUGCUCUGGCAUACACUCUUGCUUUCGCAGGUCAUAGGCGUGCACUUCCCAAUCGCGGUAUCACUCUUGCCGAUACGAUUUCCCUCUUGCAUCAGAGUCGCCUACUCAAUGAUGCAGUUUUCCAAGCCCCUGCUACCAAGACUGCUUUGGUCACACGCUUGCUCUCAGCUCCUACUGGUGAGCGAAACAGUUAUCAUCAAAACUCUGACAUGGAAGCCGGCAUCACCGGCAGUAAAAUCUCCAUCGCAGACUCUAUGCGCGGCUUCGGCCGUGCUCGGGCAGAGGUGACCCCUACACUUCCCAGCUCAGAGUUACCACGUUAUGGAUAUGGAAAGUACGUCGGUCGGGAUGGAAAACAACAUGUUGGUGUUGACCGUGUGGGUAGACCUGGUGUUCCUGAUAUGGUAAUUAGGAUGUGAUGUGUGAUGACUCUUUUUGUUCUCUGUACACUGUUAGCGAUGGCGCCUGGACUUGCUGUAUUCGAAUGCUCAAGGGUCACGAUGUGACAUAUUGCCCAACCAGAGAACAUGAUGUCAUCAAUAUUAGCUUUAAUUUACAAUUGUCAACAUCAAGCUAGAAGAAU